CGCCCGCGCCCGCGCGGACACUCUCAGCCCCAACCGCGGCCGCUCAGGUCGGACCUGCGCGCAGCGGCCGGAGAUGCAGCGGGGCGCCGCGCAGUGCCUGCGACUGUGGCUCUGCCUCGGACUCCUGGACGGCCUGGCGAGUGGCUACUCCAUGACCCCCCCGACCUUGAACAUCACAGAGGAGUCAUACGUCAUCGACACCGGUGACAGCCUGUCCAUCUCCUGCAGGGGACAGCACCCCCUUGAGUGGGCCUGGCCAGGAGCUCAGGAGGCACCAGCCGCUGGGGACAAGGACAGCGAGGACACAGGGGUGGUGCAAGACUGCGAAGGCACAGAAACCAGGCCCUACUGCAAGGUGCUGCUGCUGGGAGAGGUGCACGCCGGCAACACGGGGUGCUACCUCUGCUACUACAAGUACAUCAAGGCCCGCGUCGAGGGCACCACGGCCGCCAGCUCCUAUGUGUUCGUGAGAGACUUCAAACAGCCAUUCAUCAACAAGGCUGACACACUCCUGGUCAACAAGAAGGACGCCAUGUGGGUGCCCUGUCUGGUGUCCAUCCCCGGCCUCAACGUCACGCUGCGCUCUCAAAGCUCAGUGCUGUGGCCAGACGGGCAGGAGGUGGUGUGGGACGACCGGCGGGGCAUGCGGGUGCCCACGCCGCUGCUGCGUGAUGCCCUGUACCUGCAGUGCCAGACCACCUGGGGGGACCAGGACUUCCUUUCCAACCCCUUCCUCGUGCACAUCACAGGCAACGAGCUCUAUGACAUCCAGCUGUUCCCCAAGAAGUCACUGGAGCUGCUAGUCGGGGAGAAGCUGGUCCUGAACUGCACCGUGUGGGCUGAGUUCGACUCAGGUGUCACUUUUGAUUGGGACUACCCCGGGAAGCAGGCAGAGCGGGGUAAGUGGGUGCCCGAGCGACGCUCCCAGCAGACCCACACAGAGCUCUCCAGCAUCCUGACCAUCCACAACGUCAGCCAGCACGACCUGGGCUCGUAUGUGUGUGAGGCCAACAACGGCGUCGAGAAAUUUCGGGACAGCACUGAGGUCAUUGUGCAUGAAAAGCCCUUCAUCAGCGUCGAGUGGCUCAAAGGACCCAUUCUGGAGGCCACCGCAGGUGAUGAACUGGUGAAGCUGCCCGUGAAGCUGGCAGCGUACCCCCCGCCUGAGUUCCAAUGGUACAAGGAUGGAAAGGCGGUGUCCGGGCGCCACAGUCCACAUGCCCUGAUGCUCAAGGAGGUGACAGAGGCCAACGCAGGCAUCUACACCCUCGCCUUAUGGAACUCCGCUGCUGGCCUGAGGUGCAACAUCAGCCUAGAGCUGGUGGUGAAUGUGCCCCCCCACAUACACGAGAAGGAGGCCUCCUCCCCAAGCAUCUACUCGCGCCACAGCCGCCAGGCCCUUACCUGCACGGCCUACGGGGUGCCCCCGCCUCUCAGUGUCCAGUGGCACUGGCGGCCCUGGACACCCUGCAAGAUGUUUGCCCAGCGCAGUCUCCAGCGGCGGCGGCGGCAGCAAGACCUCAUGCCACAGUGCCGUGACUGGAAGGAGGUGACCACGCAGGAUGCCGUGAACCCCAUCGAGAGCCUGGACACUUGGACCGAGUUUGUGGAGGGGAAGAAUAAGACCGUGAGCAAGCUGGUGAUCCAGAAUGCCAAUGUGUCCGCCAUGUACAAGUGUGUGGUCUCCAACAAGGUGGGCCAGGACGAGCGGCUCAUCUACUUCUACGUGACCACCAUCCCCGACGGCUUCAGCAUCGAAUCCAAGCCAUCUGAGGAGCUGCUAGAGGGCCAGCCCGUGCUCCUGAGCUGCCAAGCCGACAGCUACAAGUACGAGCAUCUGCGCUGGUACCGCCUCAACCUGUCCACGCUACACGAUGCGCAUGGGAACCCACUGCUGCUCGACUGCAAGAACGUGCACCUGUUCGCCACCCCUCUGGCCGCCAGCCUGGAGGAGGUGGCACCAGGCCAUGCCACGCUCAACCUGAGCAUCCCGCACGUGGCGCCCGAGCAUGAGGGCCACUAUGUGUGCGAGGUGCAGGACCAGCGCAACCACGACAAGCACUGCCACAAGAAGUACCUGUCGGUGCAGGCCCUGGAAGCCCCUCGACUCACGCAGAACUUGACUGACCUCCUGGUGAACGUGAGCGACUCCCUGGAGAUGCAUUGCUUGGUGGCCGGAGCGCACGUGCCCAGCAUUAUGUGGUACAAAGACGAAAGGCUGCUGGAGGAAAAGUCUGGAGUCGACUUGGCGGACUCCAACCAGAAGCUGAGCAUCCAGCGCGUGCGCGAGGAGGACGCGGGACGCUAUCUGUGCAGCGUGUGCAACGCCAAGGGCUGUGUCAACUCCUCAGCCAGUGUGGCCGUGGAAGGCUCUGAGGAUAAAGGCAACAUGGAGAUCGUGAUCCUUGUUGGUACCGGGGUCAUCGCUGUCUUCUUCUGGGUCCUCCUCCUCCUCAUCUUCUGUAACAUGAGGAGGCCGGCCCACGCAGACAUCAAAACCGGCUACCUGUCCAUCAUCAUGGAUCCCGGGGAGGUGCCUCUGGAGGAGCAAUGCGAAUACCUGUCCUACGACGCCAGCCAGUGGGAGUUCCCCCGAGAGCGGCUGCACCUGGGGAGAGUGCUGGGCCACGGUGCCUUCGGGAAGGUGGUGGAAGCCUCCGCCUUCGGCAUCAACAAGGGCAGCAGCUGUGACACCGUGGCCGUGAAAAUGCUGAAAGAGGGUGCCACGGCCAGCGAGCACCGUGCGCUGAUGUCGGAGCUCAAGAUCCUGAUUCACAUCGGCAACCACCUCAACGUGGUCAACCUCCUGGGGGCGUGCACCAAGCCCAACGGGCCCCUCAUGGUGAUCGUGGAGUACUGCAAGUACGGCAACCUCUCCAACUUCCUGCGCGCCAAGCGGGAGACCUUCAGCCCCUAUGCAGAGAAGUCCCCGGAGCAGCGCAGACGCUUCCGCGCCAUGGUGGAGGGCGCCAGGGCGGAUCGGAGGAGGCCAGGGAGCAGCGACGGGGCCCUCCUUGCACGGUUCCUAACGGGCAAGGGUGGAGCAGGGCGGGCUUCUCCAGACCGAGAAGCCGAGGACCUGUGGCUGAGCCCGCUGACCAUGGAAGACCUUGUCUGCUACAGCUUCCAGGUGGCCAGAGGGAUGGAGUUCCUGGCUUCCCGAAAGUGCAUCCACAGAGACCUGGCUGCUCGGAACAUUCUGCUGUCAGAAAGCGACGUGGUAAAGAUCUGUGACUUUGGCCUUGCCCGGGACAUCUACAAAGACCCUGACUACGUCCGCAAGGGCAGUGCCCGGCUGCCCCUGAAGUGGAUGGCCCCUGAAAGCAUCUUUGACAAGGUGUACACCACGCAGAGUGACGUGUGGUCCUUUGGGGUGCUGCUCUGGGAGAUCUUCUCUCUGGGGGCCUCCCCGUACCCUGGGGUGCAGAUCAAUGAGGAGUUCUGCCAGCGGCUGAGAGACGGCACGAGGAUGAGGGCCCCGGAGCUGGCCACUCCCGCCAUACGCCGCAUCAUGCUCAACUGCUGGUCUGGAGACCCCAAGGCGAGACCUGCAUUCUCGGAGCUGGUGGAGAUUCUGGGGCACCUGCUCCAGGGCGGGAGCCUGCAAGAAGAGGAGGAGAGCCACAUGGCCCCUCGAGGCUCUCAGAGCUCAGAAGAGGGCAGCUUCUCGCAGGCAUCCACCACGGCCCUGCAUGUCACCCAGGCCGACGCUGAGGACAGCCCGCCAAGCCUACAGCACCACAGCCUGGCCGCCAGGUAUUACAACUGUGUGUCCUUCCCCGGGUGCCUGGCCAGAGGGACUCAGACCCGUGGUUCCUCCAGGAUGAAGACAUUUGAAGAAUUCCCCAUGACCCCAACAACCUUCAAAGCCUCUGUGGACAACCAGACAGACAGUGGGAUGGUGCUGGCCUCAGAGGAAUUUGAGCAGAUUGAGAGCAGGCAUAGACGAGAAAGCGGCUUCAGUUGUAAAGGACCUGGCCAGAAUGUGGAUGUGACCAGGGCACACCCUGACUCCCAAGGGAGGCGGCGGCGGCCUGACCGGGGGGCCGGAGGAGGCCAGGUGUUUUACAACAGCGAGUAUGGGGAGCUGUUGGAGCCAAGCGAGGAGGACCACUGCUCCCCGUCUGCCCACGUGCCCUUCUUCACAGACAACAGCUACUAAGCAGCACUGGACAAGGCCCCUGCUCUGUGCUGCCCCUGGGCCCCGGCACUUGAGGGUUCAGGCCCGGUGGGCUGGGCAGAGGGCUGGAGGCCCAGGUUGGGCACUCAUCUGGUUUCACUCUGGCCGCACGGGAGUGUCCUCUUCCCUCUCUGCAGGCUUCCCAGCUAGGAAGAGCAAAACUCCAGGCCUAAGGCUCCCAGAAUUCUGUCACCACGCCUGUCCAGGGCCACCCUCCAGCCCCUCCCCCUCAGAUUCAGAUGUCAUUUAGUUCAGCGUCCACAGGUGCUGGUCCUGGGGCUAGCACUUCCAUGGGAGUCUCUCUGAUGACCUCCUUUCAUCACAGUGGGUGGUGGCCUGGUCCCUAUUAUCUGAUGAGGAAUCUGUAGGUCUGGGAGUCACACAGUGAU